AUGGAUAUGUCCGACCCAGAGGUGCUGGUUUCCCAUGAAUCUGAGACCGACCGGAAGUACCAAACCGAAGCAUUACAGGCCUCAUUGGCCAGUCUCAACCUACCAGCCCCUGAAAUGUUGAUGCGAGCGAACCUGAGGGCAGAUGGACUUGCGACGCCGGCGCCAUUUCCUCGGACCGACGAAUUCGGAAACCCGUGUCUGACCCCUAAGACUGAAUACUCCCCAACACCCAACCAACCAUCACCGAUCCUGGCCCCGACGAUCAAUGUUGAUCAGGCCCAAGUUGUCGACCCUUGGGACGUCAAGGGUGCCGUAGUCGAUGGGGUGCAGAUGGAAAUUGACUACAACAAGCUCAUCGAACAGUUUGGCACCAAACCUAUCACCCCUCAGCAAUUAGAACGAUUUGAAAGCCUCACCCAACGCAAAUUGCAUCCCUUACUCAAGAGGGGUAUGUUUUUCUCGCAUCGGGGCGCAUUCUAUAAAAACGUUCUACAGAUCUCUCGAGCAAUAACGUACAAUCAGAGCAAAGCUACCUUUGGCUUUAACGAUACAGACAAUAUCGGGAAGUCGCAUUUCGUUGCGAUCCAAGCGGCGCCAGCGAUUAGCAGCUCGUUUCCGCAGAUCUUCUCGACGAAUGGGAAUGUGCCGUGUCUGAUACCGUGUGCAAUCGACCAGGACCCGUAUUUCCGGUUGACGAGGGAUGUGGCCGGUCGGAUCAAGCGAUCCAAGCCCUGUCUGCUCCUGUCCAAGUUUUUCCCCGCCUUGCAAGGCCCGACUAGCAAGAUGUCUAGCUCCGUCGACAGCUCGGCUAUCUUCAUGUCAGACUCGCCCAAACAAAUUAAAACUAAGAUCAACAAGUACGCAUUCUCGGGCGGUAAAGCUACGAUCGAAGAACAUCGCAGAGAAGGAGGCAGGACCGAUGUCGAUGUUCCUUACCAGUAUCUCUCAUUCUUCGAAGACUCGGAUGAGAAAUUAGAAAAAAUCAAAAGCGACUACGAGUCUGGACAAUUAUUGACGGGGGAAAUCAAGGCUAUCUGUAUCGAGACCUUACAGAAGAUGGUGGCUGACUUUCAAGAGAGGAAAAAACAGGUGUCGGAUGACUUGGUCAAGCAAUUCAUGGAUCCCAAUCGCGCCAUUGAUCCCACAGUCGUUCCCAGGAACCCAUCCGCCCAACAACAACCUCCACCCUCAACAUCCGCAUGA